UUGAACAACUUCAAACAUCACACUAAUCACAGCCCCAAAGUCAAAUUUGCUAAUUUAUUUUGGAUGAGCCUGAUACUUGCACCAAAAUUUUUUCUUCGGAUUGGUGCCGGUGCAGGAAUUUCCCUGUUAUCGACAACUUCAUCUUCAUCCCGGCGAGGGAGAUUAGCAAACUAUAGACGCCUCUCGAGUGGAUUCGAAGGUUUAAGAAGCCAGUUAGGUUUUCUUCUUUUUCAGCCUCGUGCUUCAACCAUGGACACGAGCGCGCCGGCCCUGAGCUCCACUCUUUUCUUAGAUCGCGUCGGCGAGGUUGUUCUCAGUCUUAAUUCUACUGGUUUAUCGUGGAUUCCUGCUUCUAUCGAUCCAGAGGAAACUUUUUGCUGUCAGAUGAUGUUUCAUUCGGAGGUUGAAACGGAGAUCAGAUUUUCAGAUGUUUAUGCUGUCGAAUUUACUGGAUUGGGUUUGAUCAAUGGUCAUAAUAGCACCGAGAUGUAUCGAUUCGUGGUGCAUGGUUUUCAAAGAGGAAAGAAUAGCACUUCUCCAUAUGUUCUUUCUACUUACACCUUUGGACAUAGGGAUUCACAUGCAUGCCGAGAAUUGUUUGACCAAAUAAAUGCUUGCAUGAAGUUGCAAGUUGGAAGGCCUAAGAAUCUUUUGGUUUUCGUUCAUCCACAAUGUGGGAAAGGAAAUGGCUGCAAAACUUGGGAAGUUGUUGCCCCACUAUUUUCCCGUGCAAAAGUGACUACAAAGGUAACGGUGACACAAAGGGCUGGACACGCAUAUGAUAUUUUGAAAUCUUCAACGGAUAGGGAACUUAGGUCUUUUGAUGGCAUUAUUGCAGUGGGAGGUGAUGGACUUUUCAAUGAAGUUCUUAAUGGGCUUCUGUCUUCUAGGCAUAAAGCUCCUUAUCCACCAGCCCCUACGAGGCUUAAUACUACUGAUGUCAAAGACCCGCUUCAGCUGCAUGUUUACGAGGAUAGCAAAAAUGUCAGAAACUCCCUGACCAGCCACAGUGACAUUUUCGUGGAGACUGCACUAAAGGGUGAAGAUCGUGAGCCUCUUCUCUCAGCUUCAGAAUCUCAUGGCUUGGCAACCAGUGAACAGGAAUCAUUUUGCUCAGAUCAGAGCACUGCAGUUAGCUUCCCCAACGAUUGGCUUAGACUUGGAAUCAUUCCUGCUGGCUCAACUGAUGCCAUUGUCAUCAGCACGACUGGUGUGCGGGACCCUAUAACAUCUGCAUUACACAUUAUCCUUGGGAAAAAGAUCUCUUUGGAUGUAGCUCAGGUGGUUAGAUGGAAAACCACUCCAUCUUCAAUAGAUACGCCUUCAGUGCGCUAUGCUGCUUCUUUUGCUGGAUAUGGAUUUUAUGGAGAUGUCAUCAAAGAAAGUGAAAAGUAUCGAUGGAUGGGUCCUUCACGCUAUGAUUUUACUGGAACUAAAGUUUUCUUGGAGCAUAGAGCUUAUGAAGCUGAAAUUGGUUUCUUAGAAGCUAAAGCAGUUGAUGCUGAUGAUGAAACACUAGUGUCUGGGACACACCAAACACGUCUUCCUAGAAGGAACCCUACUAAAAGAGUUUGCCUUACUAAGUGCAGUGUUUGUGUUGGACCAACUAAAUCAUCUCAGACUCUUACAAAUGGAAGCUCCUGUAGCUCUGAUGGUCAUGCUGAGGAUUCGAGAUGGUUACGAAGCAAGGGGCGCUUUCUUAGUGUUGGUGCAGCUGUAAUUUCAUGUCGUAAUGAACGGGCGCCUGAUGGUUUGGUCGUAGAUGCACAUCUCUCUGAUGGGUUUCUCCAUCUUAUACUAGUCAAAGAUUGCCCACGACCUUUUUAUUUGUGGCACCUAACUAAGCUAACAAGGCGGGGUUCUAAUCCACUGGAUUUUAGUUUUGUGGAACAUCAUAAAACGCAAGCAUUCACCUUUGUUGCAAAUCAUGACUCGAGCGUUUGGAACUUGGAUGGAGAACUCUUUCAAGCUUGCCAAGUAACAGUAAGGGCAUGCCAUGGCCUAAUAAAUUUAUUUGCAGCAGGUCCAGAAGCUUAAUACUGGGUGAAGGCCCUUCCAGCUUUGCAAACAAAUUUGUUAUUUACAGGCUAAUAACAGAGUAGGUAGCUGUACCAAUGGUUUCUUACCAAAACGUUUGAUUAA